GAUUGCGGAAAAUACGGUCCCUGUGCGGGGUUUGAAGAUAGAAUUUCCGUUGGCUAAACUCGUGUCGGUUCUGGUGAACGUGAAAUUGAUUCCAUUUGUGUGGCCACAUUCGUCACAAAUUUGUAUUGCUACGACGUAGAUUGAGAUCUCAUACUAUGGCCGACGAAAAUCAAUCAAACGGAACGGAUGUCGUGGACAAGGUAGCCGUUGAGGUGGCGGAAAUGACACUCGAUCCGAAGGAUACACCGGCAGUCGAUCCGAAAACGCCCGAGCCUGCCGCCGCCGAAGGGGAAACAAAUGGAGCCACCGGUAAAUCCACAUCCAGUGCAGCCUUUAAGGAACAGUUUAAGGCUUUUUCCAAGUUUGGUGAUACGAAGUCGGAUGGUAAACAUUUGACGCUCUCGCAGAGCGACAAAUGGAUGAAGCAAGCGAAGGUUAUCGACAAGAAGAUAACAACCACCGACACGGGAAUACACUUCAAGAAACUGAAAUCGAUGAAGCUAACGUACGACGACUACAACAAGUUCCUGGAUGAUUUGGCCAAAACGAAAAAGGUGGAGCUGGAGGAAAUUAAGAGCAAAAUGGCCGACUGUGGUGCACCGGGCGUGCACAAUGCCACUCCCGGAAAAGCAGCAGAUACGGUCGCACGCUUAACGGACACUUCCAAGUACACCGGCUCGCACAAACAACGUUUCGACGAGACCGGCAAGGGCAAGGGCAUCGCCGGCCGAAAGGACAUGGUGGACAAGUCCGGGUACGUGUCCGGGUAUGGGCACAAAAACACCUACGAUAAAACCCACUGAACCCGCGUUACUAUCGUCGUGAAGUUAGUUUUCCCGUGUGGUGCUUGUGGUUGCGUCUGCGCCUAGAAGAUAUUUAAACACUCAACUAAAAUCGAAACCAAUAUUUAAGUGAACCAAGCGAAACCGGUAGAUAACUCUCCGAGAUAAUGGUGUAAUCGUUUGCUACAGUAACAGCCUUUGCCCUGAGUCACGAGUGCAAAACAAAAGAAACAAUCAAAAUCAAUUCAUUAUUAAA